UAGUUGAUAUGUCCUUGUGAUCAUCUAGUUUGAUAAAGAAAACAUCACAAAUGAAUGAGACAACACCACAUCACAAGUGAAUAAGGAGGAACUGGUUUGGCUAGUCACGCAAGCGGCGACAGCAAGACACUUGGUCUAGUUAUUACUCUAAUUUUGGUGGGCGACAAAUCUGGUUACAAGAUGUGAACUCAUGGAGAAAAUGUUCAAGUUUGUUCUGCUCAUCUGCCUUGGUUUUCUACCCGAUGGCGUGCUUGCUAUCGACUCCGUGGUGCUGAGUAUCGACGGUUAUGAGAAGGAAUGUGAGCAGCCUGAGUGCAAGUAUACAGGAUUUAUAAUUGGAUCGUUUGAAGACAGAGCUGUGGGCGAACAAGGCAGAUGCACCUAUGUAACCUUGUCUCAGUGUGAAUCUGGCACAGACUGCCAGCAAGAUGACCAAUGGCAAGAGGUGUGUGCUCCAUUCGCCUACCCCUGCCAGAUGUCAGCCUGUGGUAAUAUGGAACGCAAUUACCCCCAGUGCUACUGCUCGUCGGAGCACCCCGUCAAGAUCUGGUUCUCCCCCACUAAGGAGCAACUAGAGAAGAACCUCACGUAUCGACUGGGUGCCAGGGUGCUGGAGAAUGGCGAGCAAGUCAGUGCAGGCUUUAGCAAAGCUAUUGACUAUGCUGAGAAACCUGAGGGUUUUGUUCCUAUAGUCUCUCUUGGUCCUGAAUAUUCUCGAAGGAAGUUUCACAAUGGAUCGAAUCAGUUGCGUUUUGAUCUGACGCUGGUUAGUGCUGAAGUACUACUCGCAGUCUACCGGGCCAAGCAAAUCUUUUCUUAGAUGUUUUUUAAUGGAGAAAACUUCCAACUACUGGUUGAUGAUGAUUCGGUUGAUGAAUAGUUCGAAAAGAGUUUCUGGCAGUCGUUAAAUAAAUAUAAGUAAUACAAAAUAUUUUUUAUGUAAAGUUAUAUUUUGCAAUUUGUUACGUUAAUCUAAUUAAUAAUUUAAUUAGGAACUCAAAAUUUCUUUAUAUUAGUUAUUAAUUACUGAAUUGGAAAACAUGGAGUAGUGUAAUUAAUAUUGAGAAAUUUUCUUC